AGCAUCCCUGCUUCCUCUCCCUCUUCCUCUUCACCGUCGUUGCCCCUUUUUCUGUCUCCCAUAUUCUCAAAUUCAAUCAGCAGGAAGCGACGGCAUAUUGUCUCCUUAUAUUUCCUUCUAGUAGAGUCUUGCCAUAGCAUUCAAGAUGGUGGUUAAACCCGGUGUGGUUCCGGACUAUGGGCAUCUCCGAGAGCUCUUCAGGCCCCAUAUAGAGUCUUUCGAUUACAUGGUGGAAGCUGGAUUGGAUACUAUGUUCCAAUAUAUCAAAUCUGUAGAAGUUCGCGACCCCUUUACAAAGAAGAAGCUGAGGAUUUGGGUGAGUAAUCCGGACGUAUACCCUCCUCAAAAGGAGCGGUCGUCGAGCACAAUGGCUUAUGCUCUGCUUCCAUUUGAGUGUAGGCAGGCAAAAAUUUCUUAUACAGGAAAAUUCAGUGCCGAUGUAUGUUUCCAAUACGAUGGUGGGGCUAUCAUAAGAGAGAAAUUUAAUUUUGGGUCGCUUCCCAUAAUGCUACAGUCAAAACUAUGCCACUUGAGAGAUGCUAAUCCCCAAAAACUUGUGUCCUACAGGGAAGAGGCAUCAGAAAUGGGGGGUUACUUCAUUUUGAAUGGCAUUGAGAGAGUUGCUCGAUUAUUAAUUUUGCCAAAGAGGAAUUACCCAAUGAGUAUUGUGCGGAAUUCAUUCAGUGAUCGGCGGGAAGGAUAUUCUGAUAAAGCAGUGUCAAUAAGGUGCGUAAGAGCAGAUCAAUCAUCAGUGACAGUUAGACUGUACUACCUUCGUAGUGGAAGUGCUAGACUAGGUUUCUGGUUAAAAGGAAGGGAGUUUUUGCUUCCUGUGGGCAUUGUUUUAAAGGCCCUUGUUGACACCACUGACCAUGAAAUUUAUGUCAAUUUGACUUGCUGCUACAAUGAGAAGCAUGAGAAAGGAAAGGGUGCUGUUGGAACCCAACUUGUUGGUGAAAGGGCAAAAAUAAUUUUAGAUGAAGUUCGAGAUUUGUCUCGGUUUACUCGUCUUCAAUGUCUUGAAUAUAUUGGAGAAUACUUCCAACCUCUUAUGGAUGGUCUUGACCAUGACAGUUAUCCAACUGUGGCUGAAACUGUUAUCAAAGACCAUAUAUUCGUUCAUCUGGACAACAAUUUUGACAAAUUCAACCUACUUAUCUUCAUGUUACAGAAACUUUUCUCGCUUAUAGAUCAGACAUCUGUGCCCGACAGCCCUGACUCUUUGCAGAAUCAGGAGGUCCUGCUUCCUGGCCAUCUGAUUACUAUUUAUCUUAAGGAAAAAAUAGAAGAAUGGCUUCAAAAGGGCAAGAAAUUUCUUGAGGAUGAGCUCCGGGACAAAAAUGACAAGUUUGAUUUCUGCAGCUUAGCUCAUGUUAAGAAGGUUAUGGAAAAAAAUUCAGCAAGAUCAGUAAGUACAGCUGUUGAAACUAUGUUGAGAAGUGGAAGACUGGCCACUCAAACGGGCCUAGAUCUGCAGCAGAAAACAGGUUAUUCAGUUCAGGCUGAAAGGUUAAACUUCUUACGUUUUCUUUCACAUUUUCGUGCUGUUCAUCGGGGGGCCUCCUUUGCUGGUCUUCGGACGACGACUGUACGAAAAUUGCUGCCUGACUCUUGGGGUUUUCUUUGUCCUGUGCACACGCCUGAUGGGGAGCCCUGUGGACUACUGAAUCACAUGACUAGCACCUGUUGUGUGACAUCAUUUUUUGAUUCUCAAGGGCAGAUUAAAGAUUAUUUUAAAAUAAAAAUGUCAAUCAUCAAAAUUUUAGUUGAGGUUGGAAUGAAGCCAUCACUGCCAAAGCUAGUCCUUGCUGGUCCACCUGAAGUUCUUAAUGUUUUUCUAGAUGGCUGUAUUGUUGGUUCUGUACCCUCUGGUCAAGUUGAAAAAGUUGUGGAUUAUUUACGAAGAUUGAAAGUAUCAUCUGCAGUGGUGAUUCCUAAUGAUCUGGAGGUGGGAUAUGUUCCUUUGAGCAUGGGUGGAGCAUAUCCUGGCCUGUACCUCUUUUCAUCUCCUUCAAGAUUUGUCCGGCCAGUCAGAAAUUUAUCUGUUCCUUCUGAUGGUAGUGAAAAUAUUGAACUUAUUGGGCCAUUUGAACAGAUUUUUAUGGAGAUAAGAUGUCCCGAUGGUGGGGAUGGUGGAAGCAAAAGUGCAUUUCCUGCAACUCAUGAGGAAAUCCAUCCAACAGGAAUGCUCAGUGUAGUUGCUAGCCUUACUCCAUGGUCAGAUCAUAAUCAGAGUCCCCGAAAUAUGUACCAGUGCCAGAUGGCAAAGCAAACAAUGGGAUUCUCUUGCCAAGCAAUUCGAAAUCGUGCAGAUCAAAAGUUGUACCAUCUUCAGACUCCCCAGAGUCCUAUUGUUCGGACGGGUGCGUAUGCAAAAUAUAGCAUUGAUGAAUAUCCUUCAGGCACAAAUGCAAUUGUUGCAGUUCUGGCAUACACAGGAUAUGAUAUGGAGGAUGCCAUGAUUCUGAACAAGUCAUCGGUGGAGCGUGGAAUGUUUCAUGGACAAAUAUAUCAGACUGAGACAAUUGACUUGACUGAACAACGUGGUCGGUCAGGCCAGACCUCAAAAAUUUUUAGAAGAAGCAACGUUGAUAAAGCAAGUUCACACUUCCUUGAUUCAGAUGGACUACCAUAUGUUGGUCAGAUGAUAAAACCAGACGAUCCCUACUAUAGCGUUUAUAAUGAGGUUACAAGUUCAACAUUCACCUACAAAAGAAAGGGUUCUGAACCUGUUUAUGUUGAUUAUGUUUCUGUUGAUGUCAAAAACAAGAAGAAUCUUCAGAAGGUUAACAUACGCUUUCGACAUCCUAGGAACCCGAUCAUUGGUGAUAAAUUUAGCAGUAGGCACGGGCAGAAGGGUGUCUGCUCCCAGUUGUGGCCAGAUAUUGAUAUGCCAUUUUCUGGAACUACUGGGAUGCGUCCAGAUCUGAUCAUCAAUCCUCAUGCAUUUCCUUCCAGGAUGACAAUUGCAAUGCUUUUGGAAUCUGUUGCUGCUAAGGGGGGCAGCUUACAUGGAAAUUUUGUAGAUGCAACCCCAUUCCGUAGCUCAACGAAGAAAGAUGGUGGGGAGUCAUUAAAAUCAGACUCACUCGUUGAUGAACUUGGUGUCCUGCUAAAAGAAAAGGGAUUCAAUUAUCAUGGUGUAGAAGUUCUCUACAGUGGAGUUUAUGGAACAGAACUUACGUGUGAGAUUUUUAUUGGGCCUGUUUAUUAUCAACGUCUCCGUCAUAUGGUUUCAGAUAAGUAUCAGGUCCGCUCUACUGGAACAAUUGACCAGGUGACCCGGCAGCCGAUUAAAGGACGAAAACGUGGAGGAGGAAUCCGAUUCGGAGAAAUGGAACGUGACUCCCUACUUGCACAUGGAGCUGCAUAUCUACUGCAUGAUCGACUGCAUACAUGUUCUGAUUAUCACAUUGCUGAUGUAUGUUCACUAUGUGGAAGCAUGCUCACAACGACGUUCCUUCAGCCACAGAAGCGGCCGAUCCGGGAGAUUGGCGGGCUGCCCCCAGGUAGAGCUCUAAAGAAGGUAUACUGUCAUGCUUGCCAAACAAGUAAAGGCAUGGAGACUGUUGCCAUGCCAUAUGUGUUCAGAUAUUUAGCAGCAGAGUUGGCAGCUAUGAACAUCAAAAUGACUCUCCAGUUAACUGAUAAAGCUGAGGCUGGGGCUUGAUAUGGUUCAGUCUGACAACUUCUUGACAAUUUUUGUUGUUGUAUCAUAUCAUAUCAUUAUUUAUGAGGUGGCAUCUUUUUUAUAUAUAAAGUGGUGAGUUCAAAAAUUUUGAAGCCAUUGGGGCUACAUCACUGCGAACAUUUCUUGUAUGACUGCUUUAGUGGAUACAAGAGUGGGAUGAGGUUAGCGAGUAGAGUGAUGCUUGAUGAAUUCUGGAGGCCCUUGAGGUCAUUUUGUUAUUUUCCUAUGAUAAUCCUUAUAAUUUUAAUUUAAUCUAUGUUAUUUUAUCA